AUGUACAGUCCCACACGUCUCCCACACGUCACCCACACGUCUCCCGUCACACGUCUCCCACACGUCUCCCACACGUCUCCCACACGUCACCCACACGUCACCCACACGUCUCCCACACGUCUCCCACACGUCACCCACACGUCACCCACACGUCACCCACACGUCUCCCACACGUCCCCACACGUCUCCCACACGUCACCCACACGUCUCCCACACGUCUCCCACACGUCUCCCACACGUCUCCCACACGUCACCCACACGUCUCCCACACGUCCCCACACGUCUCCCACACGUCACCCACACGUCUCCCACACGUCACCCACACGUCUCCCACACUCACCCACACGUCUCCCACACGUCACCCACACGUCUCCCACACGUCACCCACACGUCUCACACGUCCCCACCGUCUCCACGUCCCCACACGUCUCCCACACGUCUCCCACACGUCUCACCACACGUCACCCACACGUCUCCCACACGUCUCCCACACCUCACACGUCCAGUCCCACACGUCACCCACACGUCUCCCACAGCUCACCCACACGUCUCCCACACGUCACCCACCCACACGUCUCCCACACGUCACCACAGUCACCUCACACACGUCUCCCACACACCUCUCCCCACACGUCUCCUCCCACACGUCUCUCCACACGUCACCACACGUCUCCCACACGUCUCCCACACGUCACCCCACACACACCGUCUCCCACACCUCACCCACACGUCUCCCACACGUCCCCCACACGUCACCCACACGUCACCAACGUCUCCCACACGUCACCCACACGUCUCCCACACACUCACCCACACGUCUCCCACACGUCACCCACACGUCACCCACACACUCUCCCACACCUCACCCACACGUCUCCCACACGUCACCCACACGUCUCCCACACCUCACCCACACGUCACCCACACGUCACCCACACGUCACCCACACGUCUCCCACACCUCACCCACACGUCUCCCACACGUCACCCACACACUCUCCCACACCUCACCCACACGUCCCCACACGUCUCCCACCUCACCCACACCUCACCCACACGUCUCCCACACGUCACCACACGUCUCCCACACGACUCCCACACGUCACCCACACGUCUCCCACACCUCACCCACACGUCUCCCACACGUCUCCCACACCUCACCCACACGUCACCCACACGUCACCCACACGUCACCCACACGUCUCCCACACCUCACCCACACGUCUCCCACACGUCUCCCACACCUCACCACACGUCACCCACACGUCUCCCACACCUCACCCACACCUCUCCCACACGACUCCCACACGUCACCCACACGUCUCCCACACCUCACCCACACGUCUCCCACACGUCUCCCACACCUCACCCACACGUCACCCACACGUCACCCACACGUCACCCACAUGUCACCCACACCUCACCCACACGUCUCCCACACGUCUCCCACACCUCACCCACACGUCACCCACACAUCUCCCACACGUCACCCACACGUCAACCACACGUCUCCCAAACCUCACCCACAGGUCUCCCACACCUCACCCACACCUCUCCCACACGACUUCCACACGUCACCCACACGUCACCCACACCUCUCCCACACGUCUCCCACACGUCACCCACACGUCACCCACACGUCUCCCACACGUCUCCCACACGUCUCCCACACGUCUCCCACACGUCUCCCACACCUCACCCACACCUCACCCACACGUCUCCCCCACACCUCUCCCACACGUCUCCCACACCUCACCCACACGUCUCCCCCACACGUCUCCCACAGGUCUCCCACACGUCUCCCACACGUCUCCCACACGUCACCCACACGUCUCCCACACGUCUCCCACACGUCUCCCACACCUCACCCACACGUCUCUUACACGUCACCCACACGUCUCCCACACGUCACCCACACGUCAACCACACGUCUCCCAAACCUCACCCACAGGUCUCCCACACCUCACCCACACCUCUCCCACACGACUUCCACACGUCACCCACACGUCACCCACACCUCUCCCACACGUCUCCCACACGUCACCCACACGUCACCCACACGUCUCCCACACGUCUCCCACACGUCUCCCACACGUCUCCCACACGUCUCCCACACCUCACCCACACCUCACCCACACGUCUCCCCCACACCUCUCCCACACGUCUCCCACAGGUCUCCCACACGUCUCCCACACGUCUCCCACACGUCACCCACACGUCUCCCACACGUCUCCCACACGUCUCCCACACCUCACCCACACCUCUCCCACACGUCACCCACACGUCUCCUACACGUCACCCACACGUCUCCUACACGUCACCCACACGUCUCCCACACGUCACCCACACGUCACCAACACACCUCACCCACACGUCACCCACACGUCACCCACACGUCUCCCACACGUCUCCCACACGUCUCCCACACGUCUCCCACACGUCACCCACACGUCUCCUACACGUCACCCACACCUCACCCACACGUCUCCCACACCUCACCCACACCUCUCCCACACGACUCCCACACGUCACCCACACGUCUCCCACACGUCACCCACACGUCUCCCACACGACUCCCACACGUCACCCACACGUCACCCACACCUCUCCCACACGACUCCCACACGUCACCCACACGUCUCCCACACGUCACCCACACGUCUCCCACAGGUCUCCCACACGUCUCCCACACGUCUCCCACACGUCUCCCACACGUCACCCACACGUCUCCUACACGUCACCCACACACCUCACCCACACCUCACCCACACGUCUCCCACACGUCUCCCACACGUCUCCCACACGUCACCCACACGUCUCCCACAUGUCUCCCACACGUCACCCACACCUCACCCACACGUCUCCCACACGUCUCCCACACGUCACCCACACCUCACCCACACCUCACCCACACGUCUCCCACACGUCUCCCACACGUCUCCCCCACCUCACCCACACCUCUCCCACACGUCUCCCCCACCUCACCCACACCUCACCCACACGUCUCCCACACGUCACCCACACCUCACCCACACGUCUCCCCCACCUCACCCACACCUCUCCCACACGUCUCCCACACGUCACCCACACCUCACCCACACCUCACCCACACCUCACCCACACGUCUCCCCCACCUCACCCACACCUCACCCACACGUCUCCCACACGUCUCCCACACGUCUCCCACACGUCUCCCACACGUCUCCCACACCUCACCCACACGUCUCCCACACGUCACCCACACGUCACCCACACGUCUCCCACACGUCUCCCACACGUCUCCCACACGUCACCCACACGUCACCCACACGUCACCCACACACCUCACCCACAUACCUCACCCACACGUCUCCCACACGUCUCCCACACGUGA